CAACGUAGAUUCGUCAUAAUAGUUAAAAUGCUUCGAUAUACUUGAUAUGCCUUGCUAGAUUUCAAUGAUGAACAUGCUGAGUAUUUAAGGAAGCUAUUCUUACUACUACACAUUUACAUUUACGACUUGUAUAAACAGAUUUAUAUGUGUAAAGUUUUCACGUGCUCUUAUCUUUAAAUUCAUAGUUUUAAACUGAGUCACUCACUGAGCUUCAUAGCUCACCCGUUCCAAAAUGUUUUACCCAUUUUCCAGGUAGAGAUCGAGUUCUCGGUGCCUGAUAGACUGCCUUAGUCUGCGGAAGCUUCAUUAUCGAUUGCCAGAGUCAUGCCACCACGUACUGGUAGACGACGCCGACAGAACCAGGACGGGAUACAAGGUACUACCCAAGGUCCAUCUGUAGGGGAAUCUAGAACCCUAGGAGUUCGAGGUGGGGCAGGAAACGAGCAGUUUGCGAGAACUACACAGGAAAUAGGAAGGCCAGAUAGAGCAGAGCCUAGUGAUCCAGAAAAGGCAUACGGAAUUGAACGGCUGAAGAAGUUAGGGGCUACAGUGUUUGAAGGUUCCACAGAUCCAGCUGAUGCAGAGAACUGGUUGAAAAUGCUUGAAAAGUGUUUUGAUGUGAUGAAUUGUCCUGAGGAGCGAAAGGUUAGAUUGGCCACAUUUUUGUUGCAAAAAGAGGCUGAAGGAUGGUGGAAAUCUAUAUUAGUAAGGCACAGUGAUGCACGUGCUUUAGACUGGCAGACUUUUAGAGGCAUAUUCGAAGAUAAGUAUUACCCCAGCACAUACUGCGAAGCCAAGAGGGAUGAAUUUCUAGGGUUGAAACAAGGAUCACUUUCAGUGGCUGAGUGUGAGAGGAAGUAUACCGAGCUUUCACAGUAUGCUGACGUUAUUGUAGCUUCUGAGAGUGACAGGUGCCGAAGGUUUGAAAGAGGGUUGCGUUUUGAAAUACAUACCCCAGUUACAGCCAUUGCUAAGUGGACGAAUUUCUCUCAGUUAGUGGAGACUGCCCUUCGUGUGGAGCAGAGUAUAACAGAAGAUAAAUCGGCAGUGGAGCUUAGUCGUGGGACUUCAACAGCUAGUGGAUUUAGAGGCCGUGAGCAGCGGAGGUUCACGCCUGGGAUAAAUAUUUCAAGUCGACAAGAUUUUAAGAAUCGCUCUGGAGGCCAAGCAUCGAGGAACGUGAGUUAUGGUAGUGUUUUUCAGAGACAAAGCCAGAGAAUACCUAGUCAACCCAUUAGAUCAACAGUAAGAUCGCAACCAGGUCAGGAGUCCAUUGCUAGUACCGUCAGGCGAACACCAUGUACGAGUUGUGGCAGGAACCAUUGGGGUCAGUGUUUGGUAGGUGCAGGUGUAUGUUACCAGUGCGGACAACCAGGACAUUUCAAGAAAGAUUGUCCGCAGUUGAACAUGACAGUUCAGAGAGAUCAGAGAGUUGGGUCCCAGACAGUUGAGCAAUCGAAAGUUUCAGUGGUUCCAACAGAGGGCACUAGUGGUGCAAGGCAAAAGGGAGUUGUUGGAAGACCGAGGCAACAGGGAAAAGUCUAUGCUAUGACUCAACAAGAAGCGGAGGACGCACCAGACGUUAUUACUGGUACGAUUCUUAUUUGUAAUGUACCUGCAGAUGUUUUAUUUGAUCCAGGUGCUAUGCAUUCCUUUGUUUCUAGUAUAUUUCUGACUAAGUUGAAUAGGAUGCUAGAGCCUUUAUCUAAUGGGUUAGCUAUAUACACUCCAGUUGGUGACGUUUUACUUCUUAAUGAGGUGUUACGUAAUUGUGAAGUUUUAGUAGAAGGUAUCAGUUUGCAAGUGGACUUGCUACCACUAGAGUUGCAGAGGUUAGAUGUAAUUUUGGGAAUGGAUUUCUUAUUUGUUCACUAUGCAUCUAUGGAUUGCCAUAGGAAGGAAGUGGUUUUCAGAAAACCAGGCUUUGCUGAAGUGGUUUUUAGAGGUAUGAGGAAGGUCGUUUUUAGAAGUUUAAUCUCAGUUUUGAAAGCUGAGAAAUUACUGAGGAAGGGUUGCACAGCGUUUCUUGCACACAUCGUAGUAGUACAGAGAGAAAAGCUAAAGCCAGAAGAUGUUCCUGUGGUGAAAGAGUUUCUUGAUGUAUUUCCAGAUGAUCUGUCAGGUUUGCCACCUGAUAGAGAGAUUGAGUUCACCAUUGAAUUAUUACCAGGAACAGCACCUAUUUCACAGGCGCCGUAUAGAAUGGCUCCAAGCGAGCUAAAAGAAUUGAAGAUGCAGUUACAAGAACUAGUUGACAAGGGAUACAUCAGGCCUAGUGUUUCGCCGUAGGGAGCACCAGUGCUUUUUGUGAAAAAGAAAGAUGGUACCCUCAGAUUAUGUAUUGACUAUAGACAGUUAAACAAGGUUACAAUAUGUAACAAGUAUCCUUUACCACGCAUCGAUG